GGUUUUGAGGCGAAGGUAGAGAUCAAAAAAUAGAACAUGCAGCAGGGGAAUUGAAUUAGGGAAGAAGCAGGGCAGACUCGUAGAAGAAGAUCCAGCGGCAGAACACCAUGGUUGCAGAAAUGCCAACCAAAAUUCCACCAAACACGAUAGCAUGCAGACGGAGGAGAGAUAGGUGGUGGAGAUGGGUAGGAAGAGAGAUAGAAAAGUGGAUCUGGAUCACUCCUUUUGUUAUUUUAAGUAUCAGCAACUAACCCACCCGAAUAAGUGCUACAACUAUGUUCUAGACUCAUUUACUUUAACACUUCGCUCAUCCAUUUCUCUCAAACAUUAUAAUUAUCUCGUAGACUAAGAUCUUAUUCAAUUUCUCUAAG